AUGGCCUUCCUGGUUAGUAAGCUUCCGUUACCCUUUGUCCCCUAUUUCAGCACUACCGUCCUGCUCCUCAUUUGCUCGCUGCCCUCUUGCUCCCUCGCAAAAUCAUGCAAAUGCUCCGGCUCCGGCCAGGAUCAGUCUGGAAUCCCCAGUGUGAGCUCUACAUUCAAGCAAACGAUGGGCUUCCUGUUCCUCACGAAAUCAAAUAGAUCCGUAGAUGAGGGGACUGUCGUCCUCGGAUCUUAUAAAACUCACCACCCGAGACUCAACUUGUCCAACAACGUUUCGUUCUUCAUCAACCAACCGAUUCCUUUGUGGGAACACAAGUAUGAAGGGAUGGUCCUCUAUGAGGCGUCGUUCAGCUUUUUCUUCACUAUGAGCAUCUACCAGCAGAACAACCAGACGAAUAGUAGCCUGGCCUUCACCAUGCACCCUUUUUUUGUCUAUUAUUACAGUCCUAACAUGUCUUGUCCACCGAGUGGGGCCUCCAACCCCACAUCCAGAACUGUCACCGGAAGCAACGUCUCCGUCCAGAUCAGCGAAAGCACAGUUUCAGUUUACGGGACAAAAUUUUAUCCCGGUAAAAAUAUCUGGGUACAAAUUGACAUAGAGUCGCUGGACUCUUCCUCCGUGGCGAACGAGUAUAGAGUGUGGAUUGAUUAUGACCAUGUUGGGCACCUCAUGUCAGUCUAUGUCGACGCUGAUGAAGGAACACCGAAGCCUCUAGACGCCAUAGCCAACAAGACCCUCAACAUCAGCGACAUCAUGUCACCACUCGCAUACUUCGGCUUCUUCUCCUCGAUGGUGCAACUCCUACAACUUGACACAUGGAACUUGACAUUCGACGCGCUACCCGAUUUUGAUUUCUCAGGGUCACAGGGGAAAAGGACCGUCAUAUUGUCUUCAGUCCUUGGAUCGGCAGCUUUCACUGCCAUCACGGCUGCUGUUGUAUACUUGUACUUCAACUCCAAGUACAGGAGGUGGACGAAGGAGCAGGAAAAGCUCGCCAAGAUCAUGCAGGGCCUCCCCGGCGUGCCGACCCAGGUCGACUACGCCGACAUCAGAAAGGCCACCAAUAACUUCCAUGAGACGAUGAAGCUGGGGAAGGGAGGAUUUGGGGCCGUCUACCGAUGUACUAUUCCUGCUGCUGCUGCUUCUAGGACGGGGCGAGCGAUGGAGGUGGCGGUCAAGAAAUUCAUGCGGGAGGUUGAGAACCGGCGCUACAACGACUUCCUCGCCGAGGUUAGCAUCAUAAACCGUCUGCGCCACAUGAACAUCGUCCCGCUGGUCGGCUGGUCUUACAACAAAGGAGUGCCCCUGCUUGUCUACGAGUACAUGACGAAUGGUAGCUUGGACCAACAUCUAUUUCGGGGAGGCGGCAACGGGCAGCAGCACGAUGAUGCAGCUAUUCAACACUGGGACAACCGCUAUGGCAUUGCACGGGAUGUUGCGACCGGCCUGCACUACGUUCAUCAUGAGCACGAGCCGAUGGUGCUGCACCGCGACAUCAAGGCGAGCAACAUCAUGCUCGACUCAACCUUCCGCGCCCGUCUUGGCGACUUUGGUAUCGCCUGCACGGUUGCCGUUGACAGGAGCUCCGUCACCGGGGUCGCUGGCACCAUCGGCUACAUAGCACCAGACUACGCGAUCAGCCAUAAGGCCACUCGCCAGAGUGACACCUAUGCUUUUGGGGUGCUCAUCCUCGAGAUUGUUACAGGCAAGAAGAAUGGGGAUGUCCCACCGGACGACGACCACAUUACGGAUUGGGUCUGGCGUCUUCACAGGGAGGGGAAGCUGCUCGAGGCUGUGGAUGCCGGCGUGCUCGCCGCAGAGGGCCAUCAACUGGACGCUGCCGACGAGGCCAAACGUCUACUGCUCCUUGGUUUGGCGUGCACCAACCCCAACCCGUUGAAUCGCCCGAGCAUGGUGGAAGUGGUGCAGGUCAUCACCAAGUUGGCGCCGCCACCAGACGUGCCCCUUGAGAGGCCAACGUUCGUGUGGCCGCCCGAAGACUGGCGUUCACGCAACUCUGUGUAUAGCACGGCUGUGUCGACUAAUUGGGACGAGAGCUCAGCGAGCACGAUCGAGCUGGUGCAGGUCAGCCAGGAGCAACCGCCGUCGACUGCCUUCGGAGGACAUGGCUCCGUUUAUACCACAGCGACGAGUGGCGGCCGUGCUGGGACUGAGAGUCGUUUCGAGGAGGCACAGAGCAGAAUGUAGCGGCUACGCGCUAGAGCAAAUUAAAUGGUCGUCGUCGAUCCCUCCGUCAGCGGUGACCCUCCGGUGGCAGAGGCAGACUACAAAAGAUCCAACAGGAUCACUCUCUCUGCCUUUGGCCUCUGGACCCAAUGCGUCUAU